GACCCGGAAGCAGACGGCGGGCGUACGGACAUUUAAACGGCGCGGAGCGGCGCGGCGCGGCCGUCUGGCCCUGUUACCACACUAUGGAUCCACUGGGGCAUGCAAGAAGUGCUCCUGCCCAAGGUGCCAAGGAAGGAUUAAGCAAGCCCGCCGUUCCCCAGAAGAACGCUUACGCUCGGCUUGUGCAAAAACACCACAGCGGUCGGUUCCGGUCUUACAUGAACCGAGUUGCACAGAAGAUGCAGUUGGAAGAAAGCACGUCCAACGAGCACAGCUCAGACCUGGAGCUGCCCCUGCGGAGAGGGCUGGUGAAGGAAAACCUGGCCAGGAAUGGGUUGAAUGUGUGCAGCUAUUCCCCAGUCAGAGCAUCUCACCUGGAACAGCCUGGAGGGUUUGAGAACGAUAAACCCCAAACCCUUUUUAACAGAUGUCUUCAUAGGAAAAAUGCCAGCGUUAACUCAGAAGGAGACUUGGAGGUGGAGGAAGACUGCUAUGUGCAUCGGCACGGGGCUGCGGCUGACUCGUUAAAUCUGAGUGAUGCCAUGGGUAGGCGAGUAUCGACCGGCCUGAGACACAGCGCAGCUCUGCAGAAGUCUUCUGGUUCUGAUGAAAAGGAUGAGGAGGAUGUGUGGAGGAGGAGACAUAAGAAACGAGGCAGGUGUCCUGCCAACACUGAUAUGGCGGCUGGACACUUGUUGACUGAGCACUUUAGUGGGGAUGUGCUGGCAGCAAAUGCCAGGAGAACCAGUCUCUUGUCUGCAGGUCAAGUCCAAGGUGCAGAAAAGAGAGGGUUUGCAAGGACCAGAAACAACUCAGAAUCCGCGAGAGCUCCCCAGAACUUCGAUAGGAAGAGACAACUUUCUGAAUCGCAGACAGAAACAAUGAGCAAUUCAGACAGCAGAAUAAAUCCUAGACAACUGGGAACUCCCAGAGGAGGACCCUAUGCUGCUGUCCCAACAUCUGGUGACAGAAAGAAUCGAAAUAAGCCUGCUCGAGGGAAGAAGAAGAGUAUAUUUGAAGCCUACAUGUCAAAGGAAGAUGUUUCAGCAGGACUGAAAAGGAGAGAGCUUAUUCAGGGACCCUUGAGAAUAAAUCCUAAGAAGUACCAUGAAGCCUUCAUUCCAUCUCCAGAUGGGACUCGCGAUAUCUUUAUUGAUGGAGUGGUUGCUCGCAACAGAGCCCUGAAUGGUGACAUCGUGGUGGUGAGACUGCUUCCCAGGGAGCAAUGGAAGGUAAUAAAGCCAGAUGGUAGUGACAAAGAAACAGAAGCCACGCAUGAAUCAGAUGUCCCUGAGGAUAUGCUGGGGACUUGUGUUCCUCGAGAGGCGGCAAAAGGCGGCGCUGAGGGUCCGGAUGUCAUUAUCGAAGCUCAGUUUGAUGAUAAUGAUGCAGAGCAUGGACAAGACCACUUGCCGGACACGUUGGCUCAUGACAUCAAGAAACUUUCCCUGGAUACCGCUGAAAAGGUGAAAGCUGGUGGGAUGGGUGCUGUGCACAGAACAAAACCAGAGGAGGUACCCAAGGUGAACGAUCCCAGGCUCCUCCCAGAUAAGUUCCUUCAGAGGACAGCUAAGGUGGUCUAUAUUUUGGAAAAGAAGCAUUCUCGAGCAGCUACAGGCUUCAUCAAGCUUCUGGCAGACAAGAACAGUGAGCUCUUCAAGAAGUGUGCCAUGUUCUCACCUGUGGACCAUAGAGUGCCCAGGGCCUACGUGUCUUUGGCUGAUUGCCCCUCAGACUUUGUGGCCAGACCCGAGGACUAUUCAAAUAUGCUCUUCAUUUGUCGCAUAGUGGAUUGGAAAGAAGACAGCAACUUUGCAUCAGGGCAGUUGGCCAAAAGUCUUGGUCAGGCGGGGGAAAUCGAGCCGGAAACGGAAGGAAUCCUGACAGAGUAUGGCGUGGAUUUCUCUGACUUUUCCCCUGAAGCCCUGGAAUGCCUUCCCCAAAGCCUGCCUUGGGUUAUCUCACCGGGAGAGAUGGCCAAAAGGAGAGAUUUAAGGAAAGAAUGCAUUUUCACCAUCGACCCAUCAACUGCCAAAGAUCUUGAUGAUGCUUUGUCCUGUAAACAACUCCCUGACGGGAACUUUGAAGUGGGUGUUCACAUUGCGGAUGUAAGCUACUUUGUACUGGAAGAAACAGCACUGGAUAGAGUGGCGAGCGAGAGGGCAACGAGCGUCUAUUUAGUGCAAAAGGUGAUCCCAAUGCUUCCCAAGCUGCUCUGUGAGGAGCUGUGCAGUCUCAAUCCCAUGCGAGACCGGCUGACGUUCUCUGUGAUGUGGAAGGUGACUCCAAAAGGCAAGAUCCUUGACGAAUGGUUUGGGCGGACAGUCAUCUGCUCCUGUGCAAAGCUGAGCUACGACCACGCACAGAGCAUGAUAGAAAACCCCACAAAGGUGUUCUCACCUGAAGAACUGCCCCCUAUCUCCCCUCAGCACUCAGUAGCCGAGAUCCAGCAAGCUGUGCUGAAUCUGCAUCGCAUCGCCCAGCACCUCCGCAAGCAGCGCUUCAUCGACGGUGCUCUGCGCCUCGACCAGCUGAAGCUCUCGUUUACCUUGGACCAGGAGAGUGGGAUGCCUCAAGGCUGCUAUAUCUAUCAGUACCGGGACAGCAACAAGCUGGUAGAGGAGUUCAUGCUGCUGGCGAACAUGGCCGUGGCCCAUCAGAUCUACCGCUCCUUCCCCGAGCAGGCGCUGCUUCGCCGCCACCCACCGCCCCAGAGCAAGUUGCUGAACGACUUGAUGGAGUUCUGCCACCAAGUCGGCCUUGAGAUCGACUUCAGCAGCGCGGGCAGCCUGCAUAAAAGCUUAAAUGAAACAUUUGGAGCUGACAAAUACUCCAAAGCCAGGAAAGAAGUGCUGACCAACAUGUUCUCCAGGCCCAUGCAGAUGGCUCUGUACUUCUGCACCGGUGUCCUGAAGGACGAGACCCUCUUCCGCCACUACGCCCUCAACGUGCCCUUCUACACACACUUCACUUCGCCCAUCCGUCGCUACGCAGACGUCGUUGUGCACCGGCUGCUCUCCGCGUCGCUCGGUAUCAGCUCUCCCAUCAAGAUGGAGAAGGAGGCCAUCCAGCGACAAGCAGAGCACUGCAAUGACAGGAAGAUGGCUUCCAAGAGAGUGCAGGAGCUCAGCACCGACCUCUUCUUUGCCGUCUUUGUCAGGGAGAGCGGUCCUCUGGAGUCUGAGGCCAUGGUGAUGGGUGUCCUGAACGAGGCCUUUGACGUCCUGGUGCUGAAGUUUGGAGUCCAGAAGCGAAUCUACUGCAACGCACUGCCCUUGCUGGGCUUCCACUUCCAGAAGGUUGGGAGGAAGCCAGAGCUGACGCUAAUGUGGGAGCCAGAGAGCCCAGAGCAGGAAUCUGUGUCUCAGGAGAUCACCAUUUUCACACUGGUGGAGGUGGUGCUGAAGUCGGACGGGGUUCCCCUGAAAUACAGCGCUCUGCUCAAGAGGCCCAGCACUGAGAAGUGAGCGCGCCCAGCCACAGCUCUGACACUUUGUCACCAGCGCCGCACCAGCACCCACGGGGACAGAGGGGACCCGCCAGGAGUUUGGGGAUUUGAAUUUUGAAAUUGACGUCAUUUUAUUUCUGGUUUGGAUUUUAACCCAGGGAUCGGGGUUGCCCCAGAUGGGGCAAUUUCUACUGGCAGAUAUUUUUAGCUUUAUGGUUUGUUUUUUUUUCCUUUAUGAGACUGUGGGUGCCCGUCCCUUGCCACUGGGGGUGCCUGUGGUGGGGGCUACAUGGAGGCUGAUGUCCCUGAAAGCAGAGGGGCUGCUUUAGGCUGGGUGGGCUGACCGGGCCUCUCAGAAGGGCUCCCAGCUGGGCCACGUGUCGUGAAAUAAAGCAGGUCAGCAGCCGUGA